AUGAGCCCCUCCCUUGGCACAUUCAGCACACCUACCAAUGUUUUCUUCUCUCUCCUCGCCAUCGUCGGGCUCUCACAGGUCUUCAAGAUUCUCCGCAGAUGUGCGCACACCACGCGUCUUCCCGGUCCACCCUCCCCGAGCUGGCUUUUUGGCGUCGGUCGCGUCCUGCGGGCUGCGGCCGACUCCGCAGCCCUGUACGAAGGCUGGUCGCGCGCGCACGGAUCCGUGUACGCGUUGCCCGCCGCGUUCGGCACUCACAGCAUCCUCGCGAUCCAGGACAUGAUCGGAAAAGGACUCCUUUGGGCCGAUGGCGACUCCCACAAACGCCAGCGCAAAACCCUCGCUCCCGCGUUCAGCAACGUUACCAUUCGGCGGCUGACCCCGAUCUUCUUUGAUUCUGCAUACAAGGUCAAGGCCGAGUGGGAUGGAUUCUUCGAAGCGGGUGCGACAGGCGAGAGCGUGAUUGACAUUCAGACUUGGAUGAACCACGUCUCGCUCGACAGCAUUGGCCUCGCCGGGUUUGCUCACGAUUUCGGCACGCUGCGGGGAGAGAAGCCGACCGUCGCGGCGGUAUUCGAUGCCUUCGGCCAUAGUAUGGUCUCCACUCUGCAGGGGAUCAUCUUCGUUCUCGCCCCAGUCAUCCCAUGGCUAAUCAAGCUCCCGACACACCGUAAACGCAUGGUGCGAACGCUCAACCGGAGUAUGGGGGAGAUUGCAGACGUCAUGCUCGAGCGCUCGCGCAAGGCAGGAGAGAAGGAUCUGGGGAAGUCAGUCAUAGGGCUCUUGUUAAAAGCGGAGGGCAAUGAGGAAGUAAUCACCCAGGACGAGAUCAUGGCGCAAAUGAACGUGAUGCUAUUAGCGGGAUACGAGACAACAUCCAUCAGCCUCACCUGGGCACUGAUUGAGUUGUCGAAGAACCAAGAAAUCCAGACAAAGCUUCGCGAGGAGUUGGCACAGUUCGGCGCAGGUGAUCCCACAUGGAGUCAGUUGACGAACAGCCUCCCGUACCUCGACGCCAUCGUGCACGAGACGCUACGUACUCAUGCACCGGUAGGGGAGAUUAGCCGCGUGGCUAUGGAAGACGACGUGGUGCCCCUGAGCCUGCCUGCACUCGCAGCGGCAGGCGGUGCGACGACAGAUCGCAUCGCCAUUGCGCGCGGAACGAUCAUCACGGUGCCGAUCCGCGCGAUUCAUCUCUCAGAAGAUGUCUGGGGACCGGAUGCCAAAGCUUUCAGGCCCGAGCGGUGGCUCGCCGGCGUCGAACCCGACGCUGCGCACGCGAGAGAGAUAUCGGGGCACCGUCAUCUGCUCAUGUUCUUCGAUGGCCCUAGAAUCUGCAUCGGGAAGAACUUCGCGCUCGUUGAGAUCAAGGCGGUGCUGUCUGUGCUGGUGCGCAACUUCGCGUUCGAGCUCCGUGACGGACCCGAGACGAAAAUCAAGACGAAGGUGGCGAUCAUGUCGCGCCCAACAAUCGAAGGGGAGGAAGGGACGCAGUUUCCUCUGCGUGUCGGGAGGCUAGCGUGA